UCAACCAUUGGUGGAAUUCAAAAACAGGACCGCAGUUUGAUUCGACUUGCAUGACAGAAUACGGAAUGUUUGGGAUUUUCUGGCGAGACGCUAAAUUUCCCUUCGCAGAAAAAUGGAUACUUGUAUGAACACUAAAAUGGAGAGGUUGGAGUCAGAAGAUGUUGCUGAUUUGAAGAAAGACUUGCUGUCGGAAUUUUCAGAUAUGUCUGACGGCCAGAACUCCACAACUGAAGCAAAGGAGCAUUUGAAGGUAUACCUUCGAAUAAGACCAUUUACCUCGUUCGAGACAGAAAAUGGCGAGUCACAAGAUUGCGUGGCCAUAGAAACACCCGAUACUGUCCUUCUGAAGGCACCAACCAUGUCGCUAUCCUCUCGACUGAGUGACAAAUCAGCAUCGCAGACGGCACAGCGAUUUCAGUUUUCGCAGGUCUAUGGUCCUGACACAACACAGAAGGAGAUGUUUGAUGGAACAGUGAAGACUCUUGUCAAGGAUGUGCUGGAAGGAGGGAAUUCUUUGGUCUUCACAUAUGGAGUCACGAACGCAGGAAAGACGUACACUUUUUUAGGUCCAGAAACAAAUGCAGGAAUCCUGCCACGGUCUUUGAACGUCAUCUUCAGCAGCAUCGAAGGCCACAUCUACACGCAGAUGAAUCUGAAACCCCAGAGGUGUCGAGAGUUCAUCAGGCUCGCCGCGGACCAACAAAGCGAAGAGGCCACCAUGAAACGGAGCCUCUUUAGACUUCUCAAAGAGUCUGAUGCAAGGAACACAAGCAGCCAAUCAAACUCCAGGAUAAAUCCGGAAGGCUCCACGCUGAGUGAAAUAGAUGGCUCCCUGAUGGAGGACGGUUUCAACCUGGACCUGGAGGAGCACACCAAGUUCUCUGUCUGGGUGUCCUUCUGUGAGAUCUACAACGAGAACAUCCACGACCUGCUGGAGCCUGUGCCGACCGGGGCCGCAAGGAGACCUGCCCUCAGGCUUUCCCAGGAUGUCAAGGGGAACUUAUUUGUCAAAGAUUUGCGGUGGGUGCAGGUAAACAGUGCUGAGGAAGCUUAUAAAAUCAUGAAAGUGGGCAAGAAGAACCAAAGCUUCUCCAGUACUAAACUCAACCAGCUGUCAAGCAGAAGCCAUAGCAUCUUUUCCAUCCGAGUCAUGCGCAUUGAUGACGUUGGGCUUCCUAGAGUCAAAACGGUUAGCGAGUUGUCCUUGUGCGACCUGGCUGGCUCGGAAAGGUGUGCCAAAACUCAGAAUGUAGGCGAUCGCUUGAAAGAGGCAGGAAACAUCAACACCUCAUUGCUCACUCUGGGGAAAUGUAUAAACAUACUGCGGCACAACCAGCAAGCUAAGGUGCCCCAACUUGUGCCCUUUCGAGAGAGCAAGCUCACACAUUACCUCCAGAGCUACUUCAUGGGACGAGGCAAAGCCUGCAUGAUUGUCAACGUCAACCAGUGCGCCUCAGUGUAUGACGAGACGCUCAACGUGCUCAAGUUCUCUGCUGUUGCACAGAAGGUGGUGGUCCUGAGCACCAAGACGAUUCCAGUCGUGGAGGUAGGCAAGAAGGGCGAGAGGAAGGUGUCGUUCAUCAUCAACAACGCUGAGCACCGGAAUCUGGAGCGGAAGCUGCGCAGGAGCUCGCUGGUGCAGUGGGACUCCAGCCUGGAGGACGUGCAGGAGGAUGAAGAUGACUGGGAGGAAGAGGAGGACGAUUCAGUGACUGAUCUCGUCGAACCAUAUGAAGAGCAGUUGAGACUGGUGGGGGAGCUGAAAGAAGAGCUUCAGAAAGUGAAGUCUGACAACAUGCUGGUGGAGUGUCGUAUCCGUGAGGAGGUCACCAACGACUUCUCUGAGCUUUUCACACAGAUGGAGGCUGACUUCAGUGAACGCUUGGCUAAAGAGAAGGCCAUGAUUGAGGAGAGGUGUGAGAGACGCCUUGAGCUCCUGAAGGAGUUGGUCAAGAAGAACUCCCGCCAUGAUGAAGAUGAGGAUGGUGUUCAGUCAAAUGACGAGCAGUGUCUUGACGAAAUGAUAGACUCUAUGUGCAGUGACGUGGAGAGCAUCAGGAAGGAUGCCGAGGCGGCCCAGUCCUGCCUGGUCAGCCACCCUGCCCCUGCCCCCGCCCCCAUUGCCAUGCUGAGCGACCUUCAGAGGAAGGUCACCGAGCUCACCCAGGAGCUCAUUCAAAGCCAGAGCCUUCUCUCCAAGAAAACCUCAGAACUGGACAAGCAACAAAAGCAAUCCAGGGAGGAGCUUGAGGAGACUAAAAAAAAGCUGCAGUCUCAGGAGGUCCGCUGUGAAGAGCAAAUGGCCAUGUGUCACCAGAAGGACUCAAUGGUCAGCAAACUGCAGGCCACUAUUGACAUGCAGACUGAGGCCACCACUAAAGAUAGAGCGCUGAUUGACUCCAUCCGAAAAGAGCUCUUGGAACUGCGGGCCAAAUGCACCUGCACAGGUGCGGGUGGACGGAGCUCUCAGACCGAGACCAGGAAGCGGAGGCAGCAACAGGGGGAGGGGCUGGACGAGCAGCCCCCUCUAAAGAAAGGUGCUGUAGAUGACUGUGACCUCUCAGAGCUCUCUGACCCCUCAGAGGUCAAAGGUCAACCAGAGGUCACGCAGGCGGAGUCUCAGCUGAAGGGUGAGCGGUUAGCUGAGUCAGAGCAGCGGCGGCAGUCUCUUGAGCUGCGUCUGCGAGAUGUCGCCGCCCAGCUGAUGGACCGGCAGCGCGCCCACGAUCAGGUUCUGAGAGAGAAGGAGGAGCUUGACCGCGAGGUGAACAUCCUUCAAAGCAAAUCAAGGGAACAGGUCAGAACACUAGCCGAACUGGAAGCUGAGGUCAGCACCACCAAGGCGCAGUUGCAAGUGACUCAAGGGCAGGAUGCAGAGGAGCUUGAAAGGACCUGCAAGGAAUUGAGUGCUGCCAAAGCACAAAUGGCCACUCAAGAGGCAGAGGUCAGAGAGAAGACUGCCCUUAUCGAGAAUCUCUCACAGGAAGUUCAGCAGCUUAGAGGCAAAGUGGCCGCAGUUACAACAGACUUGUCUCACCUGGACGACAAAGUGAAGCAGAGGCAGGAGAUGGAUGAUAAGGAGGCCUCCUUCUCUUCCAAGGACAAAGAGCUUUGCCAGAGAGAGAAGGAGCUGUCGGAGAGGGAGGCUGAGCUCAAAGUCCUCCAAGAGCAGUGCCGUGCGCCUGGUCACGACCGACACGCUGAGCUGGAGAAGGCGCUUGGCCUCCAAGAGGCUACACUGUCUCAGAAAGAGCAGGAGCUGGAGGAGAAACUGGCCACCACAGAGGCCCAACUGGCGGAGAAAGAGGAGGCUCUGGAGGAGAAGCUGGCCAUGAAAAGUGCGGAGCAUUCUCAGAGAGAGGAGGCGCGAGAGAGGAGGCUGGCGCUUAGAGAGGCGGAGCUCAGUCAGAGAGAGGAGGCCCUAGAGAGGAAGCUGGCUGACCAAGAGGCCGAGUUGGAGAAGAGGACGGCCCUCAGAGAGGCCGAGUUUCUGCAGAAGGACGAGGAGCUGCGCAGCACCCUCACCGCCAAGGAAGAGGAGUUAUCCAAGAGAGAGGGGGAGGUGGAGAAGGCCCAGGCCCAUCAGGAGGCCGUAGCCACGCAGAGCAAAUCGGAGGCGUCGUCGUCGUCGUCCCAGAAGGAGCUGGCCAGCAGGGAGGUGGAGUUAGCCAGCAAGGAGGCGUUGCUGUCGCAGAAGGAGGAGGAGUUGUCGCGGUUGCAGCGUAGCUUGAAGGAGGCGCAGGAGCGGGCAGAGGAGGCGGAGUCGGCGGCGGUGCAGGAGGCGCGGCGCAAGGAGGUCGAGCGCAGGAGGGAGCUGCUGGCCGUGGCGGAGGAGGCCAUCGCUCAGAAAGACGGCGAGCUGCAGAAACGAGCCCAGGAGAUCAACAGGUUAAAGGAGGAACUGAAAGUGGGCACAGAUAAAGUCCAGAGUCUGGCCCUGGAUCUGCAGAGACGAGAAGACGACUCAUCAGACCUGAAAGAGAAACUGGUCGACUCCAAGAAACAGAUUCAACAGGUCCAGAAGGAGAUCUCAUCCAUGCGGGACGUGGAGAAGUCUCUGCGUCAGAAGGUGCAGGACCUGGAGAAGACCAGAGCCCAGCUUCAGAAGGACCUCAGCAGCCGAGACCGCGCCAUUCACAUGCUCAAGAGUGAACAGUCAGCAGAUAAAUCAGACGAAACCCUUCAGCUGUAUCAGAAAGCCUGCAAAGACCUGCAGGCGCUUGACCAGGUGAUUGAGGACAUGCGCAUGGUGCUGACAGAGCAGGAGGAGACUCAGAACCAAAUGGACCUGGAGCUGGAGGCCCAGCUGGACCAAAAUCAACAACUCACUCAAGAGGUGGAGAAACUGAAGACUCUGCUGCUGAAGCAGGACAGCAGGAGGGAUGUUGGCAUGACGGGAGAGAUGGACACUCAGGCCAGAGAGGAGCUGGCCCAGGCACAGGAGAACCUAAAGCUGUCCAGUGAGAAGUCCCAGACGGACCGUAAGAAGUGGCUGGAUGAGAAGAUGGUUCUGAUCCGUCAGGCCAAAGAGGCGGAGGAGAAGAGGAACCAGGAGAUGAGGCGCUUCGCAGACGAACGUGAGCGGCACGCCCGGCAGCAGACGGAGCUGGAGGCCAUGUCGGAGCGUUUGCGGGAACGGGAUCAGGAGAUGGAGCGCUGGCGCAAGGACAGGGACACACUGGUGUCUGCGCUCGAGGUGCAGCUCCGCAAACUCGUCGCCUCCAACAUGGAGAAGGACCAGCAGCUGCAAAGGCUCCAGCACAGUAACGACUCCCAACCACUAGAGGGCGAGGCGUCUGUUGAGCAGCUGCGGAAGCUCUUGUCUGACAGAGAGGCCGAGAUCUUGCACCUGAAGGACCAGCUGAGGACCAGCACCCAGCCCGGCCACUCUGACCCAGCACCACCACCGCCGCAGCGGGACUCUUCAACACAGACCAACCUAGUGGCAGAGCCAGAGAAGGUGUCGGACAUUUCAACUGGCAAACUGCUGGACAGCAGCACCCUGAGACAACAAAGAGAGAAGAGCAGAGGAUCUGUCAUCAGCCAGAGUUCGUCGGGGGGCUACCCAUCGGUGCUGGAGUCGUCUGAGAUCUCCACGGAGACGGGGCGGCGUUCCCGUUUCCCGCGGCCAGAGCUGGAGAUCUCCUUCAGCCCGCUGCAGCCUGACCGGCUGGCGCUGAGGCGGCAGGGAGACGACGAGGCCAUCACCGUUAAGAUCAAGCGCUCUGCGCGCAAGAGGAAGAGCACCGACAUCGAGAAGUCUUUCAGUUUAAGGAAGAAAAUCAGCAAGAGCAACAAUAAAGCAACACCUCAAACGCCCAAACAAAACACACAGGACGCGGUGGACAGUGAAAACAAGAGGAACACAAGGUCCAGGCUGACACCCAAACUGGCGAUGCACCAGGAGGAGUCUCCUGCCCCAAGCAGUAAAGCCUCCCAUGGAUCUCAGUCCAGUCUCCGAAGUGGAAGAGAGGGCAAGCUGCAGAAGAUUGGAGACUUCCUGCAGAGCUCGCCCACCUUCCUGGGCAGUAAAGCUAAGAAGAUCAUGGGGCUAGUAAGUGGACGGUCUGAUGUGGAUGGAGGCACCUCGUCCAAACGGCCCAAAAAGAAGCUCUACCACCCAGCGAUCUCAGCCCCCAUGGAUAUACCUGCCAACCAGAUCAUUGGACGAGAGACAGAGGAGAGGGAAAGUGACCACCUCGUCAUAAAGAGACGUCUGCGCUCCCGAUUCGGAAAGUGAAGUCCUCCCAAAAGGAAGCCAAUCGAUACGGUUUGGUUUGGUCUGUCAAAACACAUUUAGCUCACUUCCUGCACAGUGAUUUUAAUUUUUUUAAUCCUUUUUUUUUUAACACUUGCACUUUUUUUUACUGUACACAGUGUUUUAUAUAAUGGAAUAUUUUGUAAUUUUUAUUGUGUAUCAUUGUUAUAUAUUGCACAAAUUUUGAUUAUUUAGUCAAUGGUCAAGUACUGUCAUUUUAAAUGACAGUCAAAUACACAUAGAAAGAGACAAACAUAUAGUCUCUGGCCAGUCAUACAGCUGUGGUGAGGGGAGCACAUGUAGGUUCAUGGAAAGUUGUAAAUACUAACAUAGCAUAUUAAGUUUCUUAAGACUCUUUUAUCAAUAAGACAUAUUGUACAAAUUGUAUAUUUGUACCAUAUUUAAUAUAACACCUCCCUAUACUAACAUUAACUUUUCAAACAAUGCAGUGCCUUUAUGUGAUUUGUCAGAAAUCUUGUUUUGAUUGAAUGUAGUCGUCAAUGAUUCUUUCCUAUAGUAAAAUACAAACCAUUUUUUCACAAAAUCACAAAAAUAAACACUUGUGCAUCUUA